UCAAUACAAGUCACAAUAUGAAUGAAUUUCUCUCGAAUAAUUGAUUUUCUUUUACACUUAAUAAGUAUGGUUAAAUAACAUGAAAGAAUGUUAUUCCAUGCAAGUGAAAAGAGAAUGUUUUCAUAAAGGAGGGUUUCAUUUGAAAAGAUUAGGCUGAUAUAGUAAUAUAAAUGCUAAAUCAACUAGGAUUUUGCCACAUCGGAUUUAAAUUACUUUUAUUGAAGAAAUGAGGAAAAACUAAACUGAAAAGAAAGAAAGAAAAAUAAAAACCCCGUCUGCUGGACUCCAUAGGUAGCAACUGCCUACGAAUGCUACAUUUAUAAAUACCCUCCUGCCUUUCCAGAAUUGACAACCACACCCUUGAAAUAUUUCUCCUCCGCCCCCUCGCGUCAGCGGAAUUAGCAAUUCAGCCCCUGCCACUCAUCCCGCCUAAGUUUUUCCCCCCGCCCGCCACGAUGGCGUCCGCGUCCGACCCAGCAGAAGUAGAGCUCCAUGGGCAGCGCGAGCCCCACGCCUCGAGCUCCUCCACCGAUGCUUCGAUCCCCGCGCCGACCUCCGCCGCCGCCGCCGCCGCCGAUGUCCCUCCGCCUCCGUCGUCGUCGUCGUCUCCGCCGCCGCCGCCUCCCUCGUCCGUCGAGGGCCGCACCAAGCAGCCCGGAGGCGGAGGCCGCGGGGCCGACGCCGCGUCGAGCACCUCCGCCGCGGCGGCGGUCGAGCAGAAGGGGAAGAAGAAGAUAUCGGCCUCGGAUGAUCGGGAGCAGGCGGAAGGGGAUGAGGAGGAGAGGAAAUCUGAUUCCCAGAAGAAGAAGCUAGCCGGGAGGAGGAGGAGGAGGAGAUUAAAUCUUGCUGCGUAUCAAGGCGACGCCAAGAAACCAUCUGAUGAUGUCAACCUGGCCAGGAGGCCCGGGAAGCUACCUUGGGAUGAUCCCAGAGUUUGGAAACCGCAUGUGACGCCCGUUUCCACGGUAAAGAAGUCACUCGGGAUUAGCAUCCUUGUCUAUAUCAGCAACAAGUUUUUACGUAGAAAAGGAAGUCCAGCUGGGUUCUCCAAUCUAAAAUACAAGCAGCAACCUCUUGUGCAACAUCAGAAAAUUCCCCUGGCUUCUGCCCCUGAACAUUAUGGGCUGCGAUCAGGUUUGCGGCGAAUUAUGUCUGCGAAUUUGCUGAUACUUCUCAACGAGUAUUCAGAUUUUAGGCCGGUGCAUGGAGAUGGGGAAUGUUUCUACAGGAGUUUCAUAUUUUCCUAUCUGGAGCAAGUUCUUGACAUGGUGGGCACAGAUGAGGAAAAUCGCCUCCUUGCUGCUGUUGGAGCAAUUGAUCAUCGUCAAUGGGCCUCUGGAUUUUCUCAGAGCCACAAAGUAUUUGAGAAGCUGAUACAGAACGUGAUGAGAUGGAAGAGGAGACAGAAGGGUGUAGCAUCAGCUGACAGCCGUAGGCAGAAACUUCUCGAGUUCUUCAGCAGUUACAGCAAGUCGGAUGGCAUUUUGGCUUUCCUCAAAUAUGCAGCAGCUAACUGGAUAUGCUCGCACAGAGAGGAGUAUGAACCGAACAUAGCUGGGCUUGGAGGUGGCUACACCCUGGAAGCUUGGUGCGAAAUCUAUCUUCUUCAGCCUCGUGAGCAAACUGACCAUAUUCAGAUGACGGCCGUGGCAGCCGCGCUUGGGGUGCCUCUCCGAGUGGAGAACCUGCAUAAUGGACCAGCUCAAGAUAUCUACACUGCCGAUGGCGUUAACAUUCCUCGCGUCACCUUGCUGUACACAGGCGUCCACUAUGAUAUCCUUUACCCACGCCAUCCUUCUGGUGGGAGUGGGAGUAAGAGCUCGACACAACGGGCUGGUUGCUUUCGUCCCUUCUGGUAGGGAGAGAGCUGAGUUUGAUUGCUGCAGAUGAGUAUGAACAUUGCCGAAAUAGGUGGCAGACAAAUUUUGACUUUUUGGUGACAAGGAGAAGAGAAAUGUGAUGAUCUUGAUUCUUUUGCAACUUAACUGUGAUUAAGUUCUCUUAAGUGUCUUUGCAGCAGAAUAUUUUUUCAUGUAGAUAAAAGAAAAUUAUAUUGGAAUCCUGAUUGGUUUGGUUGUGCUGACCAACUUAUGCACACCCUUGUUGUCCAUAUAUUGAAUAUUUGCCUGGACAAGCUUUCUGGAACUGAUGGUUUCCCUGGACUA